AUGCCCUCUUACAUGUCGGUCGGGCGAACCCAUCGCUCCCACGGCCCCGUAGACAGACACACUCUCGCCAACCGGCUGUCCAAGUCCGAGCGCGGCAAGCCACGGAUGGGCUUGGUGAAAUCACAACAGUGGAAGCGGCUGCCAAUUGAGGGGCUGUAUCAGGUCGUCAUCUCUGAGGUGCUCGACGACGGCCGCGUACUCCCUCUGGAGCGCGGGAGAGGAAAGGCGUUCGCCGUCACGACUGUCCUCGACCUUGGCCUGAGGAUGCUGGAGAGCCCUCGUGGUCGUGCUGCUCUGGAGAGCCUAGCACGCAAGGCGAUAUGCGUCUGGCGAGAAAGACCACUCCCAGGCCCUGUCUACGAGCCGUCCAGUGUGGACGUGCCAGCCGCCGUCGAAGAGUUUCUCCGUUGCGUGCGCUGCUGUUUCCCCCUCGUAAAGCUGGACGACCGGAACGGCUUCUGCCGCGAAGAGGACAACAACAGGAUGUCGCACUCUUGGGUCGACGAUUAUUCGACCGUGGAGCAGCUCAGCUUCAACCCCAAGGCCGCCGCUGUGCUACACCUGAACUGGCAGCUCAUGGAAAAGCUUUACUGGGCUAGGCUCAAAGCCGACGUAGCCCGCCGUCAACGCCGCGACGACCAGCACAUAGCCGAUACAGUGCGUUUCCACCGCCUCCAGUUCCAUCUCGCCGCCAUGGUGACACACCAUCUGUGCCACCUCUUCGUCAACUUCCUCCGGAAAUUCGAGGACCUGGCGCACGAGGUCGCCGACGCCGACCUGAUGCGCCUUGUAAGACGCUAUGACCCGGGCGCCGAGUUCGAGGUCGACUUCUUUGGCGGCCGCCCCAAGCUGUUCAUCGACUACCGCGGCCCGCGCGAGGAGAGCUACCCAGGGCAAAGCUACGUGAUCAAGCGGGGGCCCAACGGGAGCAGGGUGGCAGCUGUUGUCCCGCAGUGCAAGAUUGAGAGCUAUCUUCAAGGUGGUAGGUGUCCGGACAGGGAAAGGGAUUCCUGGUCGUGGAUGAUGCUGAUCUCAGGCUAG